CCAGUAUUCCUGUGUGGUCCUCAGGCCCGUGUUGCGCGCGUCUCAGGACUCGUUCCCGGGCAGAGGAGAGCCACGAAGCCGAAGGCCAGGACCGGCCAGGCCGCGCGGACCCGGGGCUGAAGAGCCGGCUGCGGACGGGCACGAUGGGUCGGUCCUGGCUCAGAUUGCAGCCCCACAGGCGAGUGCGGGACCCGCAGGGCUGAGAGCCGCUGGACGAGCCCCGAAGCGCCCUGAACCCGAUCUCUUGCGGCCUCAGCCAGGCCAGCGCAGUCGGAGAACCCGCAGUGCGAGCGGGGCGGCCUGCCUGCGCUGGGAUCCUUGGAGGCGGUGGAGGCCGAGAGCAGGGUCAUCCCCAGGCCUGAAGUCUCCCGCCUUUGACAGUCCGGCUUGCAGCCCCUCUGACGGCCGCCAGGACUGCGGCUGGCUUGCCACUGGGGCGCACGUGUGUCGGCGCAGCUCCUGGGGCUGCGGGGUUGGUCACCCACCGGCUCUUCACUUCCACCCCGCCCCCCCCCCCCCGACUUCCCGCUCACGAGUUCGAGAUAAAGGUCUCCAAGUUUUUGCCUCCAUAAGGAUCGUCGAGCACUUCCCCACUGUCUCCUCCCCAAUUUCCCGUUUUCCUGUGUUUCAUUUCACCGGUACUGGUACACAUUAGUUUUUAAGGCUGGAGGUUCUGGAGCGCUGGUUGCCCAGGACUCCCCCUCCCCCUCCUCCCCUGAUGGAGUCAGAGAUGCUGCAGUCGCCUCUUCUGGGGAUCGGGGAGGAAGAUGAGGCCGACCUUACAGAUUGGAACCUGCCUUUGGCUUUUAUGAAAAAAAGACAUUGUGAGAAAAUUGAAGGCUCCAAAUCUUUAGCGCAGAGCUGGAGAAUGAAGGAUCGGAUGAAGACUGUUAGUGUGGCCUUGGUCCUGUGCCUGAACGUGGGUGUGGACCCUCCAGACGUGGUGAAGACCACACCCUGUGCUCGGCUGGAGUGCUGGAUCGAUCCGCUGUCUAUGGGUCCUCAGAAAGCUCUGGAAACCAUCGGUGCAAAUCUACAGAAGCAGUAUGAGAACUGGCAGCCAAGGGCUCGGUACAAGCAGAGCCUCGACCCCACUGUGGAUGAAGUCAAGAAGCUUUGCACAUCACUACGCCGGAAUGCCAAGGAGGAGCGGGUCCUUUUCCACUAUAAUGGCCACGGGGUGCCCAGGCCUACAGUGAAUGGAGAGGUCUGGGUCUUCAACAAGAACUACACUCAGUACAUCCCUCUGUCCAUAUACGACCUGCAGACCUGGAUGGGCAGCCCCUCCAUCUUUGUCUACGACUGCUCCAACGCUGGCCUCAUCGUGAAGUCCUUCAAGCAGUUUGCACUGCAGAGGGAGCAGGAGCUAGAGGUAGCCGCAAUUAAUCCAAACCAUCCACUUGCUCAGAUGCCCCUGCCUCCGUCAAUGAAAAACUGCAUCCAGCUGGCGGCCUGUGAGGCCCACGAGCUGCUGCCCAUGAUCCCGGACCUUCCAGCCGACCUGUUCACGUCCUGCCUCACCACCCCCAUCAAGAUCGCUCUGCGCUGGUUUUGUAUGCAGAAGUGUGUUAGUCUGGUGCCUGGAGUCACACUGGAUUUGAUAGAAAAGAUUCCUGGCCGGCUGAAUGACCGGAGAACCCCUCUGGGUGAGCUGAACUGGAUCUUCACGGCCAUCACAGACACCAUCGCCUGGAAUGUGCUCCCUCGGGAUCUCUUCCAAAAGCUUUUCCGACAGGACCUGCUGGUGGCAAGUUUGUUUAGAAAUUUUUUAUUGGCAGAAAGAAUCAUGAGGUCGUAUAACUGCACCCCAGUAAGCAGCCCACGGCUCCCCCCGACAUACAUGCAUGCCAUGUGGCAGGCCUGGGACCUUGCUGUGGACAUUUGCCUCUCUCAGCUGCCAACCAUCAUCGAGGAGGGCACUGCCUUCAGGCACAGCCCAUUCUUUGCUGAGCAGCUGACAGCGUUCCAGGUGUGGCUCACAAUGGGUGUGGAAAACAGGAGCCCCCCAGAGCAGCUUCCCAUUGUCCUGCAGGUGCUGCUAAGCCAGGUGCACCGGCUGAGGGCCUUGGACCUGCUGGGACGCUUUUUGGACUUGGGUCCUUGGGCGGUGAGCUUGGCCCUGUCGGUGGGCAUCUUCCCCUAUGUGCUGAAGCUGCUUCAGAGCUCGGCCCGAGAGUUGAGGCCACUCCUUGUCUUCAUCUGGGCCAAAAUCCUCGCUGUGGACAGUUCGUGCCAGGCUGACCUCGUGAAGGACAACGGUCACAAGUACUUCCUUUCUGUCUUGGCAGACCCAUACAUGCCUGCUGAACAUAGGACCAUGACUGCCUUCAUUCUCGCUGUCAUCGUCAACAACUAUACCACAGGGCAAGAAGCCUGCCUGCAGGGGAACCUGAUUGCCAUCUGUCUGGAGCAGCUCAGUGACCCUCACCCCUUGCUGCGACAGUGGGUGGCCAUUUGCCUGGGAAGGAUCUGGCAGAAUUUCGAUUCUGCGAGGUGGUGUGGAGUGAGAGAUAGCGCCCACGAAAAGCUCUACAGCCUCCUCUCCGACCCCAUCCCUGAGGUCCGAUGUGCAGCUGUGUUUGCCCUUGGCACCUUUGUGGGAAACUCUGCUGAGAGGACAGACCACUCUACCACCAUUGACCACAAUGUGGCCAUGAUGCUGGCCCAGCUGAUCAAUGAUGGGAGCCCCAUGGUCCGGAAGGAGCUGGUGGUGGCUCUGAGUCACCUCGUAGUGCAAUAUGAGAGCAAUUUCUGCACUGUGGCCCUGCAGUUCAUGGAAGAGGAGAAGAACUACCCCUUGCCUUCCCCAGCAGCCACAGAGGGAGGAAGCUUGACCCCAGUUCGAGACAGCCCAUGCACCCCCAGACUCCGUUCAGUGAGCUCCUAUGGGAACAUCCGUGCCGUCACCACAGCUAGGAACCUGAACAAAUCUUUGCAGAAUCUGAGCUUGACGGAAGAAUCGGGCAGCAUAGUGGCCUUCUCCCCCGGGAACCUCAGCACAAGCAGUAGUGCCAGCAGCACGUUGGGCAGCCCUGAGAAUGAGGAGUACAUCCUGUCCUUUGAGACCAUCGACAAGAUGCGGCGUGUGAGCUCCUACUCAGCACUCAACUCCCUCAUUGGCGUUUCUUUUAAUAGUGUUUACACUCAAAUUUGGAGAGUCUUACUGCAUCUGGCCGCUGAUCCCUAUCCAGAUGUUUCUGACUUGGCCAUGAAAGUCCUCAACAGCAUUGCUUACAAGGCCACAGUGAACGCCCGGCCCCAGCGAAUCCUCGACACCUCCUCUCUCACCCAGUCAGCCCCAGCCAGCCCAACCAACAAGGGCAUGCACAUCCACCAAGUGGGAGGCUCCCCACCGGCAUCCAGCACCAGCAGCUGUAGCCUGACUAAUGACGUGGCCAAGCAGACGGUCAGCCGUGACCUGCCAUCCAGCCGCCCGGGGACUGCAGGCCCUACAGGGGCACAGUACACCCCUCACUCCCACCAGUUCCCUCGAACACGAAAGAUGUUUGACAAAGGCCCCGAUCAGACCACAGACGAUGCAGAUGAUGCCACUGGACACAAAAGCUUCAUUUGUGCCACAAUGCAGACUGGGUUCUGUGACUGGAGCGCCCGCUACUUUGCCCAACCGGUCAUGAAGAUCCCUGAGGAGCAUGACCUGGAGAGUCAGAUCCGCAAAGAACGUGAGUGGCGGUUCCUGAGGAACACUCGAGUCAGAAAGCACGCACAGCAGGUCAUCCAGAAGGGCAUCACCAGACUGGACGACCAGAUAUUUCUGAACAGGAACCCCGGCGUCCCCUCCGUGGUCAAAUUCCACCCCUUUACACCAUGCAUAGCUGUGGCCGACAAGGACAGCAUCUGCUUUUGGGACUGGGAAAAAGGAGAAAAGCUGGACUAUUUCCACAACGGCAACCCCCGAUACACCAGGGUCACCGCCAUGGAGUACCUGAAUGGGCAGGACUGCUCCUUGCUGCUGACAGCCACAGAUGAUGGUGCCAUCAGAGUCUGGAAAAAUUUUGCUGAUUUGGAGAAGAAUCCAGAGAUGGUGACUGCGUGGCAAGGGCUCUCAGAUAUGCUGCCAACAACACGAGGAGCUGGGAUGGUGGUAGACUGGGAACAAGAAACUGGCCUCCUCAUGAGCUCAGGGGACGUGCGCAUUGUCCGGAUCUGGGACACCGACCGGGAGACGAAGGUGCAGGACAUCCCCACAGGUGCUGACAGCUGUGUGACAAGUCUGUCUUGUGAUUCCCACCGCUCACUCAUUGUGGCAGGCCUGGGCGAUGGCUCGAUUCGUGUCUACGACAGGAGGAUGGCACUCAGUGAAUGCCGGGUCAUGACCUACCGAGAGCACACAGCAUGGGUGGUGAAGGCCUACCUGCAGAAGCACCCUGAGGGCCACAUUGUGAGUGUAAGUGUCAAUGGAGACGUGCGCUUCUUCGACCCUCGGAUGCCCGAGUCUGUGAAUGUGAUGCAGAUUGUGAAGGGGCUAACAGCCCUCGACAUCCACCCCCAGGCAAACCUGAUCGCCUGUGGCUCCAUGAACCAGUUCACGGCCAUCUACAACGGAAACGGGGAGCUGAUCAACAACAUCAAGUACUAUGACGGCUUCAUGGGCCAGCGGGUCGGGGCCAUCAGCUGCCUGGCCUUCCACCCACACUGGCCUCAUCUGGCGGUGGGAAGCAAUGACUACUACAUCUCUGUGUACUCUGUGGAGAAGCGCGUCAGAUAGCAGCACUAGACCCCUGCCAGGCCGCAGCCACCUUCUGCUGUACAUAGUGAACCGCACUGCGCUGCCCGGGAUGCAGUGCCCACCCACCUUCCCACCCUGCAGACCUCUGCUCCUGACUUGGCCAUGGCCAGCUGAGGAGGGGGCUUGCACACCUCUCUUUCUGUCUUCACUGUAAUGUAUGAGUCCAGAGCAGGGGAGGGUGGAUGCUGCUUCCUGGAGAGAACCAGCACCCAGGCAUGAGGGCCUCCUCAGUGCAUCAAGGUCCUUCCGGCCCUGUUUUCUUUGGAGGUUUUUACAAAGGGACACAUUUGGUUUUUCCAUGUGAUCAAAGCAUUAGUUACAGACAGAGCCCUGUAGAAAAGCUGUGUUGGGGCUCCUGCAGCUGUGGCCCAGCCCCGCUGCCCUCUCAUGGUGUGGGCAGGAACCCCGCAGAGUAGGCUGGCCAAUGCUGAAAAUGGAAGCAAGCAACUGAGGGAGGAGAAGGGGGUCCUCUGCUGCUCCCUAAGGUGUGGAAGUCUGAGCCUGGCCCUCCUGGAGAACUGAGGCAGCCCAGCACACCUCAUCACUGGAUAUGUCGUGGUGUGAGGAAAGGGUCCCUCCUGCACAGCUGGGCCUCUGAGGUCCAGUCUGGCACCCUCACAUGAGCUGGUUGCAGGAGAGGGUUGUGUGGCUCUGGACAGCUGAGGCAGAUCUGCAGAGUUCUGCCUUAGCUGCCAGGCUCAUCAUUGUCAAGCGCUUCUCUCCCGUAGGCCGGUUACCGUGGUCACCACCCCUGUCUCCUUGGCUUGUGCCACACACAGGCACACACGCAUGCAGACACACAGCCUACCCAUCCAUGCACAUGUGUGUGCCCUAGUCUUCCUGCCUGUGCACACUUGGGCGUACAUGUGUGCAGGCCCCACAGUCUCCCCUUCUGCACAUACAUGGGCACUGUGGCUUGCAACACACAGUCACAUACUGCUCUCAUCACACAGAGGUUCAGAGACUUGACUGGACCCUCAAGGCAUGUGGGCAUCAACAGCUCCUUGGAUGGUGUGACUGAAGGUGCAUGGCGCAGUCUGUGCUGGGAAGAGGUCAGCAGCAGCCUGGUGUGCCUGGCGUGUCUGUGUGCGCAUGCAAGUGAGGGCCAUGGACAGUCCAGCCCUGGAUGGACACAGCGUGGCUGAGAGGUUGCACACAGGACGCAACACAAUGAUGUUUUGAAAAGCAUUUUCCAUUUUCUCUGGAAAUCAGGAUCUUUCAGAGGAGGACAGAGUGGUUUAAUGAGUUCUGCCAGCAGGAGCCCAGGGACACAGGUUGGGUCAGCUAGGGCAGAGGCUGGGUCCCUAUGCCAUGCUCAGCAGACCUGUUCUAGCCAGGACCAUCGUCCAUGUGGAAGGAUCCUGCAGGCAGUGCUGGGCUGACCACAGGGCCAGAUGGGGCUGGACAAGCAGGACAGGUGACCCCGGAACUGUACUCUCCCACCAGGAGGUCCUCUGGAGGAACUGUCAUCCCUUUGGCUGGGCCAGACAGCAAUGUGGAGUCUGGAAAGCCUUAGAGCCACCUGUCCUCCUUCAGCAGAGGGCUGCAGUGGGUGAGUGCAGCUCAGCUCGGUACUGUGCACCAGAAGGGCUGGGGCUGCCUCCCUGCCCUGGAGCCAGUGUUUGCAUCUUGCCGACGGGCUGGGCUUUCACAAAGCUGAUGCGAAAAUUCAAUCAUGAAGCUAACCAAGGCUCGAGAGAGCACUGACCUAGAGUUCAUUGUCUCUAUUUAUUUUACCAAAAUGAGAGUCAAAAAGGACUGACAAGACACGGAACUGCAGUGGAGCUCAGAGCAGUGACAGCAGCAAAGUGUUAAUAAAGAAUAAAGCCGGGAGAAGA